CAGAACUUGCGUCUGCAUAUUUAGCUAUGGAUUACAAACUCUUUUCAUACUUCACUUUCACCCUCAUUUUUAUGAUUUGCUUGUUUCACUUUGCUUCUCCCUUUCCCUCUGCUUAUAGCCAGCUUGAUUACAAGUUUUAUGACAGAUCAUGCCCCCGCUUGCAAAUGAUUGUUAGAUAUGGUGUUUGGACAGCUUUAAAGAAUGACACUAGAAUGGCUGCAUCCCUCCUUCGGUUGCACUUUCACGAUUGUUUUGUAAAUGGUUGUGAUGCCUCAAUUCUUCUCGAUGAUACAAUAGAUUUCCAGGGGGAGAAGAAUGCUUUACCAAACCGAAACUCUGCUAGAGGGUAUGAAGUCAUCGACAAUAUAAAAGCAGAUGUUGAAAGAGCUUGCCCAUCAACUGUUUCAUGUGUUGAUAUAUUGACUCUAGCAGCAAGAGAAGCUGUUGUCAUGGUUGGAGGUCCUUACUGGCCAGUUGCAUUAGGCCGACGAGAUGGAUUAACUGCCAGUCAGCAAGCAGCUAAUGAACAGUUGCCAUCACCUUUUGAGCCUCUGGAUAACAUCACUGCCAAGUUCACAUCAAGGGGUCUUGACCUUAAGGAUGUUGUUGUCCUCUCAGGAGCUCACACCAUAGGGUAUGCCCAAUGCUUUACCUUCAAGAGAAGACUUUUCGAUUUCAAGGGCUCAGGGAAGCCAGACCCUACACUCGAUGUUUCAGCCCUCACAAACUUGCAAGGCCUCUGUCCAAACACAGACUCCUCAAACACCAUUCUUGCUCCCCUUGACACUUUAAGUGUUUACAAAUUCGACAACCUGUACUACACCAACCUUGUCAACAACGUGGGACUACUUGAAUCCGAUCAAGCUCUAAUGGCAGAUCCAAGAACAUCUGCAAUGGUCACUUCCUAUAGCACAAAUCCUUAUCUUUUCUCAAAUGACUUUGCAGCAUCAAUGAUGAAACUUGGAAGUCUUGGGAUAUUGACAGGAGAUAAGGGGCAGAUUAGAAAGAAAUGUGGGUCUAUGAACUAAGUUCUUGUAAUGUUGCCUGCUUAAUGAAAAUUAAUGUUGUUCUUCCCAUAAUAAUAACUCCACGAACCACUCUGGAUCCUCAUGUAUACCAUCACAAUAUAUGAAAGUAAAUUUA